ACCUGUAGUACCGUACAGUAGGGGUAUAUCUUUGCUGUAGUACGCGUGCGACCACCGGAUUAGACGGAUUGGGAUACGAUACAGUGCGAUGUGUGUGUGAUUCCCCUGUGGAUAUUCGAUUAAGGAUUUUUCGUAUAUUAUUUCUUGGGGGUAGACCGAGUAUUUAUUAUAUUUUAUUUUGUUGCUGCAGUCACUGGCACUGACUACGGAAAGAUGGGGAUAUUUAUAGGGGCGAUCCUAUCGCUGCUAGCGAUUACACCGAGCCUAACUAGUCACAGCCCUUACGAGUACAACGUAACGUCGUACACUAGAAGCCUUCCGGACGACCUUCGACCCAUCGCGCUCCGCGCUUUGAAAAUCGAAGCUCAAGCGGGCAAACCCGGUAAGGAAUGUACGAUUGAAGACCAGAUCCCUUGUCCACCGAACAAGUUCCGGCAACCGAACGGGAUGUGCAACAACGUCCGGCACUCGAGAUGGGGAAGCAGGGGCUCGGCGUUCCUGAGGCUGCUGCCACCGGUUUACGUUGACGGAAUCUCGAAACCGAGGGAGUCCACCCACAACCACCACCUCCCAAGCGCCCUGGACGUAGCCUCCACUCUCCAGAACAUCCCAGCUGAAAAACACGAAUCGGUCACCGCGUUGUUGGGCGCCUGGAGCGAAUUGCUGCUCCACGAUUUGGCCAGCACAGGAAACCUCAAGAGUCAAGACUGCUGCAGCGACGAUGCCAAAAAACACGCCGAAUGUUUCGGAAAACUGGGCAACGGACAAUGCAGGGAGUACAUGCGUACUUUACCUGCCGUCGACAUGGAUUCCUGCAACUUCAGUCACCGUAACCAGAUGAAUUUGGCCACAUCCUACCUAGACGGUUCCGCACUUUACGGAAACACCGAACACCAACUAGAAAGACUCCGAACGUACGAUGCCGGUCUGGUAAACGUAUCCGCGUGUCAAUCCUGCCAGUCAAACGCUUUGUACUCCGCCAUUUUGAAGGAACACAACAGGAUCGCCAUCAAUUUGGGUCAACUCAACAGACACUGGGACGACGAAACUUUAUUCUAUGAGAGCAGAAGAAUAGUUGCUGCUGAAAUACAACACAUCACCUACAACGAGUUCUUGCCAACUGUUCUUGGAGAUGAGGCUGUCGUUCAUUCAGAACUCGAACUUAAAGCCCAUGGACGCUACUCCAAAUACUCUAGCUCCAAGAAAACUGGUGUGUAUAACGAAGUUGCAAUCGGCGCAUUCCCGGCGCUCUUAUCGAUGAUCCCAUCAAGCCUGAAAAAUGAAACAGCUGAGUCGUUUGCGGAAAUGAUCGACGUUCUGAUAACAACACCAGCUCAAUCUCCAAGCACGCACAUGAUGGUAAACUUGCGAGACGAUUGGGACACAGCAGCCCUUUUCAUCCACAUGGGACGAGACCACGGUUUGGCUCCCUACCCAAGCUGGAUCCAGUAUUGCUCCAACGUGACCUACCCAAACCAACUAACCUUUAAUGACCUCAAACUGACAGGCAUCAAGCAGGAAUAUAUGAAAGCACUGAAAUAUUUGUAUAGGAACACCGACGAUAUCGAUUUGCUAGCCGGUGUAUUGUUGGAGAAGCCUAUUGCAGGUGCCGUUGUCGGUCCGACUUUGAGGUGUCUGUUAAAGGAGCAGUUCAGAUUAUUGAAAGAGUCCGAUAGGUUUUGGUAUGAAAAUGAUUUGCCUCCAAGCAGUUUGACCACUGAACAGUUAAAGGAAAUCAAAAAGAUUACUAUAGCUGGUUUGUUGUGUGCAAAUACUGAUGAUUUGAACAAAAUUCAACCUAAGGCUUUUGUUCAAGAGGAUCCCUAUCUUAAUGCUCCAAUCUCCUGUGAUCAACAUCCUCUUCCUCAACUGGCUGAGUGGGUGGAAAUGGACCACAUGGCAGAUCUGAACGAAGAUAUUUUGAUGGAAGCUUUAAACAAGGGCGAACACGAAGUUUUGCAAAGGAGAAAAUUAGAAUAUGAAGCUUGGAGCAAAUUUGGUGGAGUUGAUCCUAAGUCACCGACAGGAACUGCAGCUUCCUUUAGCAAAGCCAACAAACAAGCCUUAAAGAUUGCCAAUUCUUCACUGCUCUUCGAAUUCGCUUCCAAUGAAAUAAUCAACUCCCUAAUGCAUCGAAGAAGACGUCGCCAACUGUUUGACAGUAACGUUCUUUCGAGCGUGUUCAGAGACGAACUGUCGGAUAAUCUCCAAAACGUGGAUAUAGCUUCCCUAAUUCCUCCCCAAACCUUAAACGACAACCAAUGCGACGAACUUGGACCUUGCGAUCCAUCUAGUCCCUACAGAACGUAUACAGGACAUUGCAAUAACAUGAGAAACCCACAAUGGGGUAAAAGUUUAACAACUUUCGCCAGAUUGUUGCCCAGUGUUUAUGACGAUGGUAUAUCCAAACCUAGAAUUAAGGGGGUAACCGGCGACCUCCUUCCAAAUCCCAGAGUGAUUUCCACUUUAAUUCAUCCCGAUAUCAGUAAUUUACAUAACAGAUAUACUUUGAUGACAAUGCAAUUCGCACAAAUCUUGGAUCACGAUUUGACCAUGACACCAAUUCACAAAGGAUUCUUCGAAAGUAUCCCCAAUUGUAGAUCGUGCGACAGUCCCAGAACCGUACACCCUGAAUGUAACCCCUUCCCUAUUCCAUCCGGCGAUCAUUAUUAUCCAGAAGUCAACAUUUCUUCCGGAGAAAGGCUAUGUUUCCCGUUCAUGAGGUCGUUACCAGGUCAACAAAGAUUAGGUCCCAGAGAACAGAUCAACCAAAACACCGCCUUUUUGGAUGCCUCUGAAAUUUACGGCGAAAACCCUUGCGUAAUAAACGGUUUGAAAGGAUCAGCCGGUGACAUGAACUUCACUACUCAUCCGAUUAGAGGAAAACACUUGCUGCCCCAAAGCGACAAACAUCCCGAAUGCAAAUCUCCCACCAACCAGUGCUUUAUUGCAGGUGAUGGAAGAGCUAGUGAACAACCGGGAUUAACAGCUCUCCACACUAUUUUCAUGAGAGAACACAAUCGUAUCAGUCAGAUUUUAAGACGGAUAAACCCGCACUGGAACAUGGAAAAACUGUUCGAACAAACUAGAAGGAUUAUUAUAGCAGUUAAUCAACACAUCACUUACAACGAAUUCUUGCCUAGAGUGCUCAGUUGGAACGCCAUGAAUUUGUACGGUCUUAAAUUGCUACCGCAAGGUUACUACAAGGAAUACAAUCCGACGUGCAAUCCUGCUAUAUUCACCGAGUUUGCCGCGGCUGCCUUCAGGAUCGGUCAUUCACUGCUACGACCUCAUAUUCCAAGGGUGAGCGAGACUUACCAAGUCGUGGAACCACCAUUACUACUCAGAGACGGAUUUUUCAAAACGGAUAUUUUCAUGGAGCAUCCCGGUUUGGUCGACGAAAUUGCCAGAGGUUUGGUUUCGACACCUAUGGAAACACUUGACCAGUUCAUCACCGGAGAAGUCACCAACCAUUUGUUCGAAGAUAGAAAGAUACCGUUCUCUGGAAUCGAUCUAAUCAGUUUAAACAUCCAGCGUGCUAGAGAUCACGGAAUUCCAUCCUAUAACAACUACCGUGCUUUGUGUAACUUGAAACGUGCAACCACAUUCGAAGAUUUGGCUAGGGAAAUCCCAACAGAAGUUAUAAUCAGAUUGAAAAGAUUGUACGCCACCGUCGACGAUAUCGAUCUAUUCCCAGGCGGUAUGAGCGAAAGACCGCUUCAGGGAGGUUUAGUGGGUCCGACCUUUGCCUGCAUCAUUGCCACGCAAUUCAGGCAAUUGAGAAAGUGCGAUCGUCACUGGUACGAAAGCGCAGAUCCCGUUGUGAGGUUCACCGAACAACAGUUGGCGGAAAUCAGGAAAAUCACUCUAGGAAAAAUCAUUUGCGAAAACAUGGACGGUCCCGCCGAGAUGCAAAGGGCUGCGUUCGACCUACCGUCAAACUUCUUGAAUCCAAGGAUCCCUUGCGAGAGUCACCCGGGCAUAGACUUGUCGGCAUGGAGGGAGAACACCGGAAGCGGCUGCAUUAUCGGAGACAGGCACGUGCAAGUUGGCCAAAGCAGUUUUCCCACGCCUUGCACCAGUUGCGUCUGCACAAACGAAGGCGGCAACUGUGCAUCGUUGCGAGUAACAGAUUGCAAUCAGUUACUAAGAGAAUGGUCGAAGGAAGCAAUUUUGAGAGAUGACGUUUGUACCGCACAAUGUGGUUUCCUGUUGGGUGGCGAUCGAAUUCAGGGAGGCCCGUCGAAUAUCAACACUAAUUUGAGUCCACCGCCACCACACGCGAGGACUAGACAAUUAAGCAGGCCAAAGUUCACAUUUGGAGGCUUCUCUCAGGGUUUUAACUUUCCGGAUCUGUCGCCCUUCAUCGCAAAAUGAUUGGAUCCGAUAUAUGUUUGGACAUUGAAUGAGUGUAAAUGUAGUUAGUGUUAUUGUAUAAAAACGAACUCAUCGCCUAUAAUCAGUUCCAGUAAAUUAUUAUUGUUAUCUAUAUUUUUAAGAUGUAACCAAUUUUGUAUUUUGCUCAGCCCUUAGUUAAGACAGUGUAUUAUAGAAAGAAGGCAAAUGCAAAAAAAAAAUGCAGAAGAGUCUGCGGGUGUUUUUGAAAUUUCGGAUCUCCAUAAAUGAAUGUUAUUUUCAAAAACGUACCCCUAAUUUAGCUCAGCGAAACCCCUUGUACAUAUUAUUAAUUAUUUCACGACGAGAUAAAAGGAACAAAUAUGAAGUAUUUAGGUUUAAUUGAAUUUUUGUAUAUAAUCUCUUUUUUUAACAAAGUAUUUUCACUGCCUUGUAUGUAAAUUAAAUUUUGUUAAUAUUCGAUAUUUGUUAACAUUCCGAUUUUAAUGAAUAUUGUAUAUUUUUAA